UCUGUAACUCUAUAUUUUUUCGCUUCUUUUUAUUUUUCCUCCGGCUUCUUUUUCGUGAUUUUCGGUUUGCCCGGCCUUAUGAAUCGACCACUAUUGUUCUUUCGAAAGUUUCCUUUUUUCGUUUUUUGGUGCUUUUGUGGGGACUUUAUCGUGUUUUUGUUCCUGGUGAUUUCAUUUUUGAUUUGAAAGGUUUCUACGUUUUUUAGUUUUCUGUGAAAUCAAUAUUCUUCGUGCGCAUAGGAGAUCUCACUUCUUGGGGUGGUUUUUGGUGCAGGGUUAGCGGUCAUGGAAUUCUUCUGCGAAUCUAUGCCUUAACUCCUUUUCCUUGUGUUGCUUUGGAUAUCGAUCUUCUUGUGCUUUCCUUCUCUGUCGACCUUUUACGGUCUUCCCAACACAUCUUAAAUCGUGCUCUUCAUCUCUUGCUUUUAGAGCGAUCACUGUUUACUGGUCGCUUUUAGCUGCCACGUCGUGAUUUUCGUUUCCUGUAAGCAGGCGCUUGCUGUUUAGGCUAGAAGUUUGCUUUAGUAAUUCUAGGGUUGCUGUUUCGUCGAUUUCCUGGCUUGAUUAGUGAAGACUUUGCUGCACGUUCUGGAUUUUACUCAACUUGCUUUAGUCUCAUCAUUUUCAUUGACUCUAUGCCGUUAAGUCUCUUCAUGGUUUCUCUGCAAUGAUUUAAUCUUGUAUUUUGCUUUCUAAGGCUCAUCUUUUCCUCGAUUCGUUUUAUUUCUGGUUGGUUGUUUUGGAGCUCGAACUAGUCUUUCCUUUGGGGCUUCUGUAUGAAAGCGUGACAAAUUUCUUUCUUACUUCGAUCUUUUUCCUUUCUGUGCGUAUUCUACUUCUCAAUGAAUCCUUGUAUUUGUGAUUUUUAGGCUUCUUCAUAGCCAAGUUUUCCUUGUUAUUCCGGGUUUCAGUAGCUUAGCUGCUCAUAAGCCGUUUGGUUAAAUGGAAGCCAUAGGUUCUAAUGGCUUCCCUACUUCCCCUGUCCCUUCUAAUACGGCUGUAUUGGAUGUGAAGCCUCUCCGGACACUAAGUCCUAUGACUCCACAUCCUUUCAUGUCGAUGACUGGGUAUGCGCCUCCGGGUAGCUAUCCCUUCAUGUGUUUCAACCCCUAUGCUCCUUACCCGCCCGGUGCUUCUCCGUCUCAUCCGUCCUCUGCCCCAUCGGCUGUUACUACUCAAGUAUCUACCCAACCAUCAACUCCUGAACCGAUCCCUCUCGCUGAAGCACGUGAGGUCAUCGAUGUUGAUGAAAUAUCUGAUGCGCCUCUGAAUCCACAGCCAUCUAGCCGCAAGCAACCCAAAAAAGGAUCUGCUGCAUCUGUAUCUGCACCCUCCAAGGUUCUGAGUUCUUCUAAAAGGAAGGUGAAAGAGGAAAGCAAGACGGCAGAGAAAGCAGAGAAAACUAGCGGGAAAUCUGCCUUGAAGAAAGCUGAAAUCAGCACCCCUUCUCCACUGGUUGGCGAAACAAAGAAGGGAAAAGAAUCUGCUAAUUCAGGUACCAGCGGUAGCCGCAGGUUUGCAGGUACUGGUGAAAGCUGUAAGAAGAAGCAAAAAUCAUACAGAUACAAGAAGAGUAGGAAGGAGGUAUUGGCAGAAGUUCCUGAAUACGUCACCUCAAACCUUACUGACAGGGAGUCGGUCGAGCGGAUACUGAUGAUUUUUGAUGCAGUAAAGCGGAGGGUCAAUCAGACAAAUGAUUCAUACGCCAGGGGAGCAACAGGUGGUAGUAGUAUCCGCCCUGACUUGAGAGCCUCAACUACUAUGACAUCCAAAGCACUAAGAGUGAACAGUGAAAAGAGGAUAGGAAAUGUCCCUGGGGUGUAUAUUGGUGAUAUCUUCUACUUUAGGAUAGAGAUGUGUUUGGUUGGUCUGCAUGCACCAAGCAUGGCAGGGAUUGACUACAUGACUGCAAAAUUUGGUGAAGUUGAAGAUCCAGUUGCUAUAAGCAUAGUGUCUUCUGGUGGAUAUGAGGGGGAUGUUGAUGAUGGAGAUGUUCUAAUAUACAGCGGUCAUGGUGGUAGUUGUAGCAAGGAAGGGAAGCAGGAAGAUCAGAAGCUUGAACGAGGUAACCUUGCUUUGGACCGAAGCUUGGGUCAUUCUGUGGAGAUAAGGGUGACGCGUGGUGUGAAGGAUCCAAGUUCUCUGAAUGGAAAGGUGUAUAUCUAUGAUGGCCUCUACAGGAUUCAGGAGUCUUGGAUUGACAAGGGAAAAGGAGGCUUUUCCAUUUUCAAGUACAAAUUGGUUCGGUUACCAGGGCAGCCCGUUCUUGGAAGCUUGAUCUGGAAGCAGGCUUUGGCUUGGAAGGAGAAUCCUGCUUCUAGGGAAGGGGUUAUUAUUGCUGAUUUGUCUGUAGGAAUGGAGAAUACUCCUGUCUGCCUAGUGAACGUAGUUGAUGAUGAGAAGAUACCACCUCAUUUUUUUUACAUUUCGAGGGUGAAGUAUGAGAAAGCCAUCAGCUUGAUGAUGCCAAUAUCCGGAUGCAAGUGCCAAAAUGCAUGCCUUUCGAGCAGCACAGGGUGCAACUGCACUCAACUUAAUAGUGGUGAAUUUCCUUAUGUCGCUAAUGGGAUUCUUGUGAGUCGGAAGCCUGUUAUCUAUGAGUGCAGUCCAAAUUGUUCUUGCUCCUCUAUCUGUCGCAACCGGGUGUCGCAAAAUGGGGUGAAGCUUCACUUUGAUGUGUUCAAAACAAAGGAUAAGGGCUGGGGUCUUCGUUCAUUGGACCCUAUAAGAUCAGGGACUUUCAUUUGUGAAUAUAUAGGUGAUGUUAUACCCAGAAAUAAACUAGAUGAUGACAGCUAUGAUGAUGAGUAUAUCUUUGAUGCCGGUCACACUAGGGAGAACUUGUUGGAGUGGGAUGGUAUGUAUGAACUACUUGGAGAACCAAGACCUGCAAAAAACAGUCAAAAUUUUGAAUCAUUUCCAUUCGUCAUAGAUGCAAAGAAGUCUGGGAACAUAGCUCGCUUUAUGAAUCAUAGCUGUUCUCCAAAUGUAUUCUGGCAACCUGUAUUGUAUGAUCACAAUGAUGAAACAAGUCCCCAUAUAAUGUUCUUUGCAAGAAAGAAUAUUCCUCCAUUGAUGGAACUCACAUACAACUAUGGGAUGAGCAAAGCUCAAACUGGCAGGUGUAGGUCGAGGAUGUGUCUCUGUGGAUCCAGUAAUUGCAGAGGAUAUUUUGGUUAGGAUAGGGUUGUUAGAAAGUCCUCAAAUACACAGCUGCUUUUUGGAGAAUUUCUCUUCCUUGCUGAGGUAAUGGAUGCAGAUUUUGACUUCUCCCAGUAGCUGUCACUUCAUAUGCUGUGUCACAUGGUUAGUUUUUCUCCUGUACACUUCAGGUCUGACAAUUGCAUAAAGCCACUUUAUAGUUGAUAUUAUGUAGAAGAUAUAAAUCGCCUUCAGAAAAUAGCUUAUGGCUGUUGCUUAUGGAGCCCUACCAAACCUAUUCUUGAAUGUUUUCACGUGAUGGUUAACCUGUGCAUGUCUGGUUUCUCUUCCUGUUUGGCCCUACUACUUUUCAUGGCAUUGUUUUCAUCUGUGCUGAAAUGGGUUUGGCUUCACACCCAAGUGCUCCAGGGUUGAUGCAUGGGCUUCUGGAUGUGAGGUUAAUAUUUUUCUCUGUCCACAUAUCUGGCAGUGGAAUACUGCUGUUGGUUCAUUUUUUAGGUUGCAUAUAUGUCUCAUUUGGAGUCCAAUUUUCUACGUUGAAACCAAUGUGCUUAUUUUGCUUACACAAGUCCCAUGUGGUUCCAGUGGCGGAGCUGGACGUAUUUAGAGAAGGGGCACUAACCAUAUAUUAGCAGCGCAUUUUAUAUGUAAGUACGAAAAAAUUUGGGGUUCACCAAUAUAUAAAUAAGGGAUUUUUAUUACGUUGUGUGGGCAAUUGCUUGCACAUGCCCAUAUGUGGCUCCGCCCAGCAGUUCAUUUUUAUUAAGUUGAGUACUUUCGAUGGGUAUUUUGGGACGCUAUUUGAGAAAUUCUCACAUGGAUGGUGCAGCUCAUUAUUGAAAAUCGUUUCUCCAUACACCAUUUUUUAUGGGAAAAUGAAUAAGUCGUCACAUCCGAUGAGGCCGGACUCCGGAGCUAAGAUCUUUGAAUUUUAAAAUCUGAGGUUAUUAAAUUCUUUGUUUGACAGCCUCCAGAUGGUGAGCCUCUCUCUCUCUCUCUCUCUCUCUCUGGUUCUCUCUCGUGCUACUUUCCCUUUUACGGGAGCAAUCACUAGUUGGACAAUGAUUUAAUAUUUGUCAGCCGCCUUUCUGGCACAAAUGUUAUGCUCACCUGGGUGGAAUCGUAUGCAAAGUAUUUAGCUGUCAUGCUGACAACAAUGCUCUUUAUAUCCGUGGAGGAUUCGUGCUUGUCUUCAAUUGCAAUUAGCUUGAGCUCAUUUGCCUAGCAUAGAUCCCUGUUAGUUCGAGGUGCGUUGGAGCCCAUUGAACCUUGAUAUGAACUAAAGAAGUUGGCUCAGACCAUUGAGGCAUUUUGGGUGCACGAUAAGCAGCAGCCGGACCGAUAGCAAUAGCUGGGGUGUUGAUGAGGAGGCAACUAGAAUGGCAAUCGGCGAGGCGAUGGUUGACAUUUUUGAAGGUUGAAGAAUCGAGUUGAGGUGAGCACACAUAUCAUUAGAUCUUGGGCAAAAGGCAGCUGAUACUAGAGUUGCAUAUGAGUAUAGUUGUAAUUUAAGAUGUCAUUUAACCUUUCCUGUGGGCUUGCAUGGUAGAAGUUUUGUUUGCUUGCAUUUAAGGAAAAUUAACGAGGAACUUUUCGUAUCUAAUGAAAGGGGUUUUCAUUUAUUUUUUUAA